CGUAACUCUGACAGGGCUUGCAGCUCAACCACCGGUGUGAAGAAUACUACAGACAGAUUUACUCACACUUAACCGCUUACACACUCUUCUCUGUGCACAUAUGAAACUCUACAGCGACAUGUGUCAGACUUCAUUGAUAGAGACAGCGUCACUGACAGGCCAUAACUGAAGGUGAAGCCCCUCUUGUCUCCAGUUCCAGUUUCCUGUGAAGUACUUGGAUUUCAUUAAGUCACUCAGUCAUGGGGAAGAAAAGGCCCCGGAUUAAUGCAACAAACUCUCCAUGAGAGAUAUUUGGACAGAAAUGCUUUAAUGCUCAGUGUCCACACACAAAAUGUGUCCCUCUGGGCUGUUGUCCACAUGGCUCCUUUUACUGACUCUGCACAUGUCAGCCUGUGAUCUGGAGGUCUGUGGAUCUGACAGCCCUGAAGUCAUCUGCUCCCAGGGUCUCUCUAAUUGCACCAUGGAGGAGGAGACAUUUCUUACUGUGGAGGAAAAUAAUUCUGUGGAUAUCCAAAACCUGACUCCAUAUUUCAAGCUCUGCUGCAAAGAGGCAGCAUCAUGUAGCUUAUGUCUGAUGAUUGACACGGAGAUAAACAUCCAUGUGGAGGUCAUGGAAGAUGAAGGCCACUCUGGAAGAGGUGAGGAGGAAUAUAGAGAUGAGAUCACCAACCAAAAAGCGUCUGUGUCAGUGUGCUACUACACAGCACAAACAAUGCCAACCUGCAAGAGGGUGGAGUUUACCGUGAAGCACACAGCUCUUACUCAGGCAAAGGUUUCCAUGUUGAUAACUGAGCCAGCAGGGGUGACCUUCAGCAGCGAGGUUAUUAUUUAUUCUGUUAAAUCAUCACAUGUGAAGGUGGCUGCUCCUUCUCUAGAUGAAGUUUGCUCCAUGGAGCUGCAUGAGCAUGUAGAGGAGUGUCAAGUACCAAAAAUCCUAAGUGUUAUUAGCAAAGAGAGGAAUCAGGUGGAGCUGCACUUUGCUGGCAGAAAUGAGAGCCUCCCCUCUGUGUGUGUCCAGUAUGAGCAGAAUGGAACAUGUCGGAGCCUGGAGAGGCUGACCAUCCCUUUGUAUUCUGUAACCACCUGCAUGUGUUUUCAGGCGUGGGAUGAGGAUGAUCAGAGACCUCGGCGCUCUCGAAACUGCCCUUUCCGUAACACUAAGUUAUUUCACAGGAACAUAUGGGAGAAUGUUUCUGUGUCCGUUGGUGAGGGCCUAAUGAGCAACUCUCGCUCAAUGCUGACGUGGAACGUGUCUGCCCCCUGCAGGCUGGAGGGUGAAGUGUGGCCCUGUCAGAGAGACAUCAGCUGUAAGGAGGUGAGGGGUUACAGACAACAGCUGGCAAAGAGCACAUGGACCCAAAACAGCAAAGGACUAUGGGAGAAAAGAGGGGUGUUUGAAGACAUGGACCUUCAGCUCUCUCCAUGUGUGAUGGUGAAGGUAGACUUGGGUGUGCCUAGGGAGUUGGGUCCAUUCUGUUUUAAAAACACUGACAGGUGGCGCUGGAGUGUCCUUGUUUUUGGUGCCAUGCUGAUAAUCUGCUUGACUAUAAUCAUGGUUUAUCUUCUUCAUGGCUUCAUCAAGAAAUGGGUGUGGAGCUGGCACAGUGGUGGAUUUGUUAAAGUUGGCAGAAUGUGUCAUGUGGUGUUGCUGAGCCCCCCUGAUGUGGAUGCUGGUGUUUCUGAGUCAGUGUGUCAGCUGGGAUCUCUACUCUCUAACCACGGCUUCAGUGUGUCUGUGGACCAGUGGAGCAGGAAGGAGCAGUGCACUCUGGGACCUCUGCCAUGGCUGCACUCCCAGCUGCUGGAGCUGAAGAGCCAGCGGGGUCGAGCCGUGCUCAUCUUGAAUCAGAAAGCCUUGGAGAGAGCAGAGGAAUGGACCCGUUGGUACAAGAAGGAUAUGAAGACAAAGAUGGACAGCAAGGGUCUUCCUCAGAGAUGGUCCCCUUACUCGGAUGUGUUCUCAGCCUUGCUGUUCAUUAUCCAAACUGACAAAGAGCAAGGCAGAGCAGGAGAACGCUUUCUUCUUGUAAAAUUUGACUCCUAUCAGAGCAGCAACAAGGGUUUGCCAGAGCUUUUUCAGGGUCUGCCCCUGUUUCAUCUCCCCUCAAAGACUCGGGCCUUCCUAUCUGAGCUCACAGUAGGGGGCACAGAGAGGGGAGCAGGUAGACGGACAUGACGAUGGUGGAAAUUGAAAGACUUCCAAAAGAACAGCAAACAUUAAAACAAGACUGCACUGAAUGCAUCAUGCUGUGAAAACAGGUUCUUAAAAUGCCAAAAACAUUUAAACAUGUCUCUCCAUCAUGUAGCUUUGUCUUUUCAACUGUUAACUGCACUUUACAUUGGGAAGGAACUAUUUUCAGUGUCUUUUGCUUCCCGAAGAUACAUUUGUCUAUGUGCUUACCUGAUGAGUCAUCUGUCUGUAUCAGUUCAGCUUUAACUCCACCUCUGCAGUUUUGUUACACGUAUAAUCAGGCUACGCAGCGCUGACUUGUGCUGACAUCAUUUUUUUAAUCUGACAGGCUCCUGUGUGGAGGUAAUGUUGUGGCUAAGUGAUAUCAGCAUGCACAUGAGUGUAUGACGUCCUAGGACCAAGCUCAGCUUUUUGCAGUGUAUUUUUGGUGACUGUGAUACAUUGCUCAGUUAAACAGUCAUUCUGAUAUAAGCAUCUCUAUACAUGUAUAAAUAAAACUUAAAAACCAUACCAUA